AUGAGCAACACCGAUUACAUGUUCCAAUCAUCGACGACAACGACGAACCACGUUGGCUGCGUGCAUCGCGUGGCAAUCCCACCUUCAAAACCCUUCUUCAAGUCACUCAAAGGCUCUCUAAAGGAGACUUUCUUCCCUGAUGACCCACUUCGACAGUUCAAGAACCAGUCAUCAACUCGGAAGUUUGUUUUAGCUUUGCAAUACUUUCUACCAAUCCUUGAAUGGGCUCCUCGUUACAGUUUCCAGUUCUUCAAAGCUGAUCUCAUCGCUGGGUUUACAAUUGCAAGCCUUGCUAUUCCUCAGGGUAUCAGUUAUGCCAAGUUAGCCAAUCUCCCUGCCAUCCUUGGCCUAUAUUCGAGCUUUGUGCCACCUUUGGUAUACGCAAUGAUGGGGAGUUCUAGGGAUUUGGCGGUAGGGAGUGUGGCUGUUCCAUCACUUCUCAUGGGAACUAUGCUAGGGAAAGAGGUGAAUUUUCUUGAAGAACCAAAGCUGUACCUUCACCUCGCCUUCACUGCUACAUUCUUUGCUGGAGUUUUCCAAGCUGCCUUGGGCUUCUUAAGGCUUGGGUUUAUUGUGGAUUUUCUUUCACAUGCAACUAUAGUUGGGUUCAUGGGUGGAGCAGCUACAGUUGUUUGUCUACAGCAAUUGAAAGGGAUUCUGGGUUUGGCACACUUCACUCGUGGCACUGAUCUUGUCUCAGUCAUGCGUUCUGUCUUCACCCAGACACAUCAGUGGCAAUGGGAGAGUGGUGUAUUGGGAUGUGUCUUCCUCUUCUUUCUCAUCCUCACCAAAUACUUGAGUAAGAGAGGACCAAAGUUCUUCUGGAUAUCAGCAAUGGCACCAUUAACGUCUGUGAUUCUUGGAAGCCUUCUUGUGUAUCUCACUCACGCUGAAAAACACGGUGUUGCAGUGAUUGGACCAUUGAAGAAAGGGUUGAAUCCACCAUCUUGGACGAGUUUGGAAUUUGGGUCAGAGCAUCUGAUGCUAGCCCUUAAAACCGGAAUCAUCACUAGUGUCAUCGGUCUCGCCGAAGGAAUAGCUGUGGGAAGGAGUUUCGCCAUGUUGAAGGACUACCACAUCGAUGGCAACAAAGAGAUGAUCGCCUUUGGGUUCAUGAACAUCGCUGGCUCUUGCACUUCUUGCUACUUGACCGCAGGGCCAUUGUCGCGAUCGGCGGUGAACUUCAAUGCAGGAUGCAAGACUGCAGUCUCAAACAUUGUGAUGGCAACUGCGGUGAUGUUAACGUUGUUGUUCCUAACACCAUUCUUCUACUACACUCCCCUCGUCGUUCUCGCUUCCAUUAUCACUGCUGCCAUGGUCGGCUUGAUCGACUACGAGGCCGCCAUCCAUCUUUGGAAGCUCGACAAGUUCGACUUCGUUGUGUGCAUCAGUGCAUAUAUCAGUGUAGUCUUGAGCAGUGUCGAGCUCGGCUUAAUCGUAGCGGUCACAUUAUCCAUGCUUAGGAUGCUUCUAUUCAUAGCAAGGCCAAGAACUUUUGUCCUCGGCAACAUCCCCAACUCCAUGAUAUACAGAAACAUCGAUCAAUACCCAGUUGCUAACACUGUUCCUGGAGUUCUUAUACUUCAAAUUGAUGCUCCUAUCUACUUUGCCAACGCAAGCUACUUGAGAGAGAGAAUCUCGAGAUGGAUUAAUGAAGAGGAAGACAGGCUAAAAUCAUCAGGAGAAGCCAGCUUACACUAUGUCAUACUAGACCUUGGCCCGGUUGGUAGCAUCGACACUAGUGGGAUUAGCAUGCUCGAAGAAGUUAAGAAGAACAUAGACAGAAGAGGGCUUAAGAUGGUGUUGGCCAACCCUGGAAGUGAAGUGAUGAAGAAGCUAGACAUGUCCAAGUUCAUAGAGAACAUAGGCCAGGAACGGAUAUAUCUAACAGUAGGAGAGGCUGUGGGAGCAUGUAACUUCAUGCUUCAUACCUGCAAGUCAGGCCCAGUGACACUUGAAACAGUCCAUGUGAAUAAUGUCUGAGCAAAGGCUA